CUCCCCUGCGUGAGUAUGCGCAGCUGAGAACACGCAGUGAUACAGUAAAUGGUUUUAUUUUUUUAUCACAGGAUGUAUUGAACAGCUGCAGCCGGCAGUUCAGAUCUCCGAGAGAACAGAAAACAUGGACAAAGGGAACCAUGGUAUGUCUCAUUUUGAUCAAUUUCUGUCAAGUCAAGAAUCAUCUGUGGUGAACAAGUUCCAGCAGAAAUACUGGAAAACCAAGCAAACUUUAAUCAAAGUCACUGGAAAGAAGGAGGAUGAACAUGUUGUUGCAUCAGACGCGGAUCUGGAUGCUAAACUUGAGCUGUUUCAUUCGGUGCAACGAACGUGCAUGGAGCUCCUGAAGGUGAUUGAACAAUAUCAAAGAAGGAUUACAUUUUUAUCACAGGAGGAGAAUGAACUGGGUCGGUUCCUGCGCUCACAAGGCUCUGAGGACAAAAGUCGAGCUGGAAAGAUCAUGCAGGCUACUGGAAAAGCUCUCUGCUUCUCUUCACAGCAAAGACAGGCAUUACGGGGUCCGUUGAGUCGUCUGUACCAGGAGGUGGAAACCUUCCGUUACCGAGCGAUCUCAGACACGUGGCUGACGGUGAACCGCAUGGAGCAGUCACGGACAGAGUACAGAGGAGCUCUGCUCUGGAUGAAGGACGUCUCUCAGGAACUGGACCCUGACACACACAAGCAGAUGGAAAAAUUUCGUAAGGUUCAAACUCAGGUGCGUCUCACCAAGACAAGUUUUGACAAACUGAAGAAUGAUGUGUGUCAGAAGGUCGAGCUGCUCGGAGCCAGUCGUUGCAAUCUGCUCUCGCACGUCCUGACAACCUAUCAGACCACAUUGUUACAUUUUUGGGAGAAGACAUCUCACACUAUGGCUGCCAUUCACGAGAGCUUCAAAGGCUGUCAUGACAUUUCAACACUCGGGGGCUCAGUUCAGGGCACAAAGAAAAAGCUGAAGAAGAAAACGAAGCCGAAGGCAGAAGAUGAGGAGACGAGACAGAGUACAGAUGAGAUGCUCAUUUCAAUCGAAGAAGAAAAUCACAGCCGGACAUAUUCACAAACAGGAGAGGAUGAGAGUUUCACUUCGGGUCAGGAGAAGGAUAUGUUGAGUCUUCUGAAUGAGAUUCUGGGCAGCAGUUCUCUGGAGGAGGGGAGUUUCUCACAGGAGUGGCAGGAGGUGUUUGGUGAAAAUGAGACGGCCAGUAAUAACAGAGCAGAGGUCCAGCCGGAGGAGGAGUCAGCGUUCUUUCUGCCUUCUAAACUACUCGAUCAAGACAUGAAUGAUCUACAGUCCACUGUCUCAGGUUUGCCAACAGCCGUUCCGCAGAAUACAUCCGAAAACACAGCUGGCCAGAUUUCUUCCAGACCUACAGCAAGAGAUCAAAGCUCAAAAGAUCUCUCCGCUUGGUUCAACCUGUUUGCCGAUCUGGAUCCGCUGUCGAACCCAGAUGCGAUUGGCCGAACAGACGAGGAACGGGAGCUGCUUAAUGCAGAUGGAGAAGAAUAGCCGCACGGACUGCAGGAGACCUGCGCCUCUGUGUCGUGAGGGUUAACGUCACUGUGAUGCAGAGGUGGAACAGGUGCACGCCCACCAUCUCGUACCUCCAACGCCUGAACCAGAA